CCUCGCUCGUCCCACUUCGAAUUCUUGUGAGACUUACGCUAUUGCACAUCGAAUAAUGCAGGCCGUCGCCUUGUCAUGAGCUCAGUCAUUACUCGUAACCACAGCUGUACUAGGUGUCAGCGCCGCAAGAUCAAGUGCGAUGGCCAGAAUCCGUGUGCGGCAUGCUUGAAGGUCGAUGCGAAUUGUGAGCGUAACAACAAGACCCCUCUCAGCACGCGACAACGAAAGCGCGGUCCCAGAUCAACGAGUACAAGCCUUCGGGCCAGUAUAGGCUUUUCUAGUGCUCAAUCGCCCUUACACUUCACACCGAGAAAUGAGAGCCUCGUCUCUCCGCCUCAAAGCAAUAUCGAUGUCGUUCCACAACACGAUCUAGGAGCCGUGGCAAGACAUAGUGAACCAUUUCAUGUUGAAUCUGUUUUGUUUGACCAACCAUCUACAUGCUCAUCGAUGCAUGACUGGCCUCAGCCUGUACAGAUAUUUCAAUUGUGGCAGACCUUUAUCGAUAAUGUCAAUCCAAUGACGAAUUUGCUUCACAUACCGACCACCCAACAUUUGGUACUUGAAGCAACUCAUCGCAAGUAUGGCGAGUUGUCGAAACAAUCACGAGCAAUACUGUCGUCCGUCUUCCUCACAGCCGUGGAAUCCAUGAACGAUGAAGAAUGCCUCAGAACUAUGGUGGAAACCAGAGAAUGCUUGUUAGAGAAAUUCUUCGCCAUGACCAAAUCCUGCCUGCUCGAUGCCGACGUUAUGGAGGGUGCAAAUAUGCACGUAUUGCAGGCCCUUGUGUUGUACCUAGUAACGGCUCGACAGCAUAGCUCUCCGGACAAACUUUGGCUUGUGAUUGGAGUUGCUGUUCGAUUAGCCCAUCGCUUGGGCAUACAUCGAGAAAAGAUUUUACAACGCAUGACUGUCUUCACAGCGGAGAUUAGUCGUCGGCUUUGGUGGCAGAUCUUCCUCCUAAAUCGACAUUACACCAAUCUAUGCGAAGGCAUAGACGACACCGACCCGGCUCUCACUCUAUUGUUCGACACGAACCGUCCACACAACCUCAAUGAUUCAGAUCUGCACCCGGACAUGACGAUCUUGCCACUCGAGAGACAAGGUGUCACGGAUAUGUUAUUCUGCUCUAUCAGAUACGAGGUUGGUGUCUUCGUCCGAGAGCUAAGUCAGAACUCCAACAGCCAAGAGAGUAAGGCGGUAGCAAUCCAGCGUCUGCAAGGUCAACUUGAAGACAAGUACGCUAGAUACUGCGAUGGAUCUGUUCCGCUCCAACGUGUUUCGAGAUGUCUCAUCAAAACAACUGGGUACCGGCUUUCUCUCCGUCACUGUCAUCCACCACCUGAUUCACAGGACAAUGUUUCGGCAAUCUCGAAGGGUCAACACUUUGACACAGCACUGCUACUUCUACAGACACAGCAUUCGAGCUGCGCCAGUCCAGUCUUGGACCGCUAUAGGUGGCAUACCAAGCUCUUCUAUUGCUUCGAGGCAUUGUUCCCUGUACUGCAUGCUCUAGCAUUCGAUUCGUUGGGCGAAGAAAUCGCAGCAGAAGCCUGGCAUCAAGUAUCACUGGCAUACUCAUUCAACCCAGAGUUACUUACAAACAAGGCCAGUGGAUAUUACAAGGACUAUCAUCAGAAUCUCAAAAGUCUAGCCCUCAAAGCUUGGAAUCGCAUGUCGUCGAGUUCAGAAGCUCUGCCGCCAAGCUUCAUACUGUUUUUACAGUCUCAACAGCACCACUCGAGUGGCUACAGCCAACCAGUGGUCUCCAAUACUAUGCUACAGCAGUCUAUACAGACUAAUCUGCCGAAUGACUCAUCAUUCACUGGUCAACAAUCUGAGGAGCACUUGGGCGAACUCGGAAAUGAUGUUCAAGCUUGGGACUAUUGGCUGGACCUUUUCAACAACGAAGGGCUUCUAGGCUUCUAAAUAAUUGAUGUUGUUUCGAUAUUCCUACUUGCUAUCUAAUCUUGACAAUCUCGUUCGACAAUCGCGUCCUCACGAAUGCGACUGCUCAUGACAUCUCUGCCACCUCAAACACCCACAGGCAAAUGCAGACUACGGCGAGCGACUUGUACUCCCUCGGGAAUGCCAUGAGAUUCACCAUCU